AUGCCCCUGGGGUUACAUGCAGUGCCUUUAAACACACCAUGGAGUCAUUUGGGCCUAGGAUUUGUAUUUCAAAUGAAAUCUAAAUUUCAAAUCUAAUUUUACAUGAAAUUUGAAUUUCAAAUGAGAAUUUGAAUCUCAAAUAAAAUUUGAAUUUCAACGAAAGUUUUAAUUUCGGAUGAAAUUUAAAAUUUAGAUGAGCAUUUUAGUUUCAAAUUUGAAUUUGAAAUUCAAAUUUUAAUUUCAGAUGAAAUUCGAAAAAUAAUAAAAAUAGAUAUAUAGGUGUAAUUUCGUAAUUGGGUCAGUUAAGUCAAGUGGGCUUCAAGUUGCAACAGUAAUAGGCCUCAAUGUGCAUCAAUAGUGUGGGCUUCAGGUGUCUUCAAUAGUGGGCUGGAGGUCUUGUGAUUCAGCCCAAACCCUAAAGCCCACUAUUGAAUAAGUCUGAAGCCCAAUAUUGAUGCACGUUGGAGCCCAUUAUUGUUAUAGCUUGAAGCCCACUUUAGUUGAUGCACACUGAAGCCUAUUAUUGUUACAGCUUGAAGCCCACUUUACAUGCUCAAUUAUGAAAUUAGGCUCAUAUAUCUUGUUUUUUAAUGUUGUGCAUUUCAUUUGAAAUUCAAAUUUAAAUUUCAAAAUUCAAAUUCGAGAUUCAAAUUUUUGUUUGAAAUUCAAAUUUCAUCCGAAAUUCAAAUUUCAGCCAAAAUUUAAUUUCAAAUUUAUAUUUCAUUUAAAAUUCAAAUCCUAGCGCCCAAAUCAAGACUCUUUAGCUGAUUUAAAGGCACCCCCUUAUAGCCCCAAAGGCAUAUUACCUUUUUUCAAUACAAUUUCAUAAUUGUAUACAAUUUCAUAAUCAAAAUACAAUUUCAAAUCCUAGCGCCCAAAUCAAUACCUUUUUCCAAAACAUGAUACACGACAUAGAGAGAGAACUCUAGCACCCCUGUGGACUCAGGGAACCUGUUCUAGAUUCUGUGGAUUCAGAAUCACCCCCCUUGUGGACUCAACGGACCUGUCCUUUUGACCUUGUGGAUUCAGAGCGAAAGGACAACCAUUCGAGCACAUUUUUGGAGGAUAGAAGACGUGUCUUCAACCCCCACAACAUCAAAGUUGAUCACAACUUGUUCAAGUCAUUUUCUCCUCAAGUUUUCCUACAUCAUUUUGGGCUGCAUGAACGAUGCCUGCAAUGGUGAUUGACGGUCAGGACAUGUACGUGAGCGAAUUUUGGAUUAAGAGCAGGAUUGUAAUGCUUGUAACACUACAAGUGCAUGAGGAAACCCAUCAUCUCCAUUUGUGUUGCCAAUGAGGAUUCAAUGAUCGCUCUCUCUCUCUCUCUCUCUUAUAUGUUUGCACUCGUCUUCCAGUAUGCAAGGACGAUAAAAUUCAUUCUAACAACUCAUGAGGUGGCUCUUACAGGCAGGGGAGAAGAGUUGAUUAUGCUAGUAAUGGUCAAUGGUCUGACAUUGAUAAAUUGCUACCAAUGCUACCUGAAUUGUGGGGAAGUCAAAAAGUAAGAAAAUUCCACCUUGUCACCAAAAAUCCACCUUUUUAAUUCAUAAAAAUCUCCCAAUAAAUCUAGACAACUCAAAAAAGUAAAAUGGAUAGGUAUAUUCUUUUGCAUUUAUUUGAGAGAUAAAGAUAAAGAUAAAGAUAGGUAUAUUCUUUGGAUUUAUUUGUUGAAUUGAGUUCUCCUUCAAUUUUGUGAGUUAAAUUCAUGAAACAGACCUUUUGUGUUACUCUGAGAACUGUAAGAAUGUGAAAAUGAAGAAUUUGACAAUGUCUAGGUAAACUUGUUUUUUGGACCAUUCAUAACAUUUGUUGUAAAUUCCAUGUGGGGUUCUCUGAUGUUCUGAUAAACAAAGGUAUCUUUAGAAUAUUAGAAGUUUUGUGCUUAGCUUUAGAUGUUUUUCCUUCUGUUUUCAUGUCUUUCAAUUGGACAACUCAUUCAAAACAGGUUUCUUAGUUCCAUACUGGCUAUGUAUAUUUCUGUUGUUAUUCUUAUUAUGUCCUCGGCAGCUGUUGUUAUAUUUUUGUUAUGUGACACAAGAAGAGGAACAAAUGGUUCAGGCUAUAGAUGUGAAAGCAUCAAUGUUGAAUGUAAACUUGUCUUCAGAAACCAAUUUUUGUGAUGGGGAGAACUUAUAA